AGCGGACAUUCAGAGUGAUGAUUGGAUACAAUUCCGCUUCCAUCUCGCUACACAUUCCAAACCCACGACCAACGACACAACCAGACUGAACUCGUAAGGACAUCCUCCAGACAAAUCCGAUUGGCUGUCGUAGUAGCAGGGCGCUCCCUGAUUGGCGAAGAGGGCUUUCGCUCUUCCCUCGGUGCUGUGGCGCCGCGGGGUUUGGUUGCACCGUCUCUAAGUUGAUGUCAGCCCCUCAAGAACCCCAAGAAACUCCUCCCGUCAGAACAUAAUGAGUGAUCAGGAACAGCCGCGAGACGAGAUGGCUGCCCUGGCCGAGAGCGGCGGCGCCGCUUUCCUUCAGAGCCUCGCGAAGAGGAGCGCGAGCUCGGGGCAGGACUCCCAGCAGACCUCCCCGCUCGCUCUGCUGGCGGCGACGUGCAGCCGGAUGGAGUCUCCCGGCGAGGGCGAGCAGGCGGGCUCGGAGCCGCCGCCGCCGCCGCAGCAGCAGCAGCAGCAACAGCACCAGCACCAGCAGCAGCUGGACCUGAACUCGGCCCAGAUCGCCCACACGGCCAACGGCUGGCAGCUCAUCCCCGUCAGCGUGCCCAGCUCCGUGGGCGCCACCACUCUCAGCCAGGCCGGGGGGCUGGGGGGGGACGCGGGCAAGGGCAGGCCGGCGGUGGCCACUAGUGCCGGGGGCGGCCAGCAGCAGCAGCAGCAGUUCGUGGUGGCCUCUGCGCCCACCCUGCAGGGCCAGCAGGUCCUGACCACCCUGUCUGGGGUGAUGCCCAACAUCCAGUACCAGGUCAUCCCCCAGUUCCAGACCGUGGACGGGCAGCAGCUGCAGUUCGCCACGGCGACGGGUGCCUCUGCCCAGGUGAGCAUGCAGCAGGACUCCGCGGGGCAGUUCCAGCUGGUCUCGUCCCCCGGCGGCGGCCAGCAGAUCAUCCGGGCGGCGGGGGGCGCGGGCGCGGGCGGGGGCAACCUCAUCGCCAUGCCCAACCUGCUCCAGCAGGCCAUCCCCCUGCAGAACCUGGGCCUGGGCAGCAACCUCCUGCAGAACCAGGGCUCCUUCCUGGCCAACGUGCCCCUGUCUCUCAACGGCAACAUCACCCUGCUGCCGGUCAGCGCCGGCGGCCAGGCCGCGGCCGGCGGGGCGGGGGACGCGGGUUCGGGCGCCUCCCUGCAGCAGCAGCAGCAGGUCCAGCAGGCCGUGUCCAGCGCCACCAUCACCCUGGCGCCCGUGCAGUCCCUGCCCCAGCUGGCGCAGAGCCCCGCCGGCGCCGUGACGGUCAACGCCGCCCAGCUGUCCGGCCUGCAGACCAUCAACCUCAACACCCUGAGCAGCGCCGGCCUGCAGAUGCACCAGCUGCCCAUCGCCAUCGCCAACCCCGCAGGUCACAUGCUUCCAGGUGAGAAGAAAUUCACGUGUCCCGAGUGCCCCAAGCGCUUCAUGCGAAGUGACCACCUCUCCAAGCACAUCAAGACCCACCAGAACAAGAAGGGAAACGGGACCGCCCCCAGCAACAGCCUCCCCGUCCCCGUGGAGACCGCCCCCGUCUCUGAGGCAGGCGUGGCCUCGGACCAGCACGCCCUCAUCACCAUGGAGACCCUCUCCCCCGAGGGCAUCGCUCGGUUGGCCAGCAGCGGCAUCAACGUCAUGCAGGUGGCCGACCUGCACUCCAUCAACAUGAACAACGGGUACUGAGGCCCGCGCAGGCUGAGGGAGGGGACUGGACGGGUGUGAGCAAGGCUGCCUGAAAGGCAGGCCGAUCGGAGGAGCGGAGUGGUUUGGAGUCCUGUGGGGGAGGGAGGGCAGGCAGGAGAGAAGGGGUGACAGUCCAACCCGAGUCUGAAUCUCCACUCCCCACUCCCUCUCCUUCCUUUUCUUGUUGCGGGAGAAUGAACGUUUGAACGCUGCCUGUCGCCGCGACACACUACACUGGCAGUCCGCCGCUCCGGGCUCUCGGAAGCAGGGCAGAAGUGAUUUUGCCCUUGGAUGGCCUCUGAGGGACCCCCCUCCCCCCCGAUGCUUACCGUUUGUGAUGGAGAGAGGGGGCAACGGUUUGAAAGGAAGGGGCCACUCCAUGUUCCACUCACGAACACUAGUCCACCUCGCCCAUCUGCAGGGAAAACAGCCUGAUGGGGUGGGGCGGUGAGGGAGGUCAAAAGGGGUUUAACUUCAGAGCAUUUUACUUAUAUCCGACACAGAUUUAUUUUUUUGUUAUUUUUUAAAUAUAGGUACACUCAAAGCCAUCAUGCCUUGAUAAACUGUUAUCAUUGCAAAAAUCUCUUUUCUCUGUAUGAAUUUUUUUAUAAUCUAGCAAAAAGAUCUUAACAUAGGAGGGAUCAAUUUGUAUGGUCACCCUAGAUUGCCUUAUUCUGUGUAUGUGUGUAUAUACAUGUCAUAUGCAAACAUUCUUGAACUUUUAUAUAUGUAUAUCUACUUGGCGCAGUCUGGUUUAUUGAACCGGACAAGGUGAAUAUCCCCUUGAACAAGGCUAGCCAACCUGCAGCUGGGCUCCGUUGGGUUCUGCCCUCGGGUUGUGUGGCACAGCCGGCCGCCAUCUUUUUUUUUUUCUUCAAAUAAACUUCAUUAAAGUUGAAUUCUCUGGGGGUAAAAGGUGUAGAUGCAUGUAAGCCUUACGCUCGAACAGGUCCAAGGGAGGCAUGUCUCGAUUGGCCUUUCUUUCCUAACAAUCUGGCCAGUAGGGUCCGAGUUUUAUAAUGACGAGGUACAGUAUGUUUUAUAUGCUUUUCCUGCACUGUUUUAUUCAUGAGGAGCUGUCCUUUGUUCAAGGGUUGGGGUUGGCCCAGGAGGGAUAGGGGCUUCUGAAAAUGCAGGGCGACUGAGAGAAACUUCCCGAUGCUCUGCAAGUUUGUUCCGUUUCUGGAUUUAGAAGCUCCAGGCACUUGCACGGUCCAGCCUUGGGGUUCUGGGUAAUACGCAUCUGCUGCUGUAGUUUGGCUUAACGUGUAAGGACAUAGUGCUUCAGAUAAUAUUCAGUUUACAGCAGCUUCUUCUGUAGAAGACUGUUGAAAACCUGCAGUGCAUAAAAUGUGAAAUGGAUCGAACUUCUGUGCUCUGGGAGUCUUGUUUUCCUGCAUUGCCUCGACCAGUUUAUCCAGUGCAUUUUAUACUUCUGCGAUUUGUCCCAGUGUGGAAACCCACAUGCAUUCUGUUUAACUGCUUCCUUAGCGGUGCUAAAAUAAGGAUGUGCAAUACAUGCUGUUCCCUAGAAAAGUAUGAGGCAAUCUUGUGAUCACCCCAUUUGUCAAGGAUUGCCUUCAAGAUUUAAAAUCUAUUGAUCAGCUCAGUAGCUGUGCUGUUUUGAGCCGAGAACAGUUAUAAACGAGAGGAAUCUAUUUGGUCAGUUGAGACCAUUUGGCAGUUAGUAGCUAAUUCAUCCUGAAAUGCUCCUGCAAGAUUGCAUGUCUUUUCAGAUCUGUGUAAUACGAACCUUUUGUGUACAAAAAUCUUUAGAGUGCGAAACUACAGAAGAGCUGAUUAUUAACCAGGCUUGCUUUCUGUUUGAGGUUCUGGAUUUCUGCAGUGCUCAUAUUACCUAGUAAAUCAGUCAAGAUGACUUUCCACCCUGCCAGUUAAUUUCUCAGUCUGAUCAGAGGUUGGGGAAACUUCAUUUUGAAGUCAUAACUACUUGUGUGGAUUGAUUGUUAAAAUGAAAGCAUCCUCUAAUUACAGUUUAGUCACCUGGGGUGGGAACACUUGUUUAACUUAUGGGGGGAAGGAGGUGUGGCUGUCAAACUCUCGUGUUCUGAAAAAUAUUUGACACAUUUUAUUACAUCGCGGUUGUUGCUUUGAAAAGAGAAGAACCCGUUUUAAAUAGCCUUAACAUUUUGGAUAGCUAACAGGUUACAAAGGGAAAUUAAUAAACCCUUUUUUAUUUAUUAGGGUAUUUUGUCUGCUGCGAAAGUGCCAAUGUGAAAGAGGAGUGGCCCUGCUGAACUGUUUGGAUUUGCAGUGGGCGGUAUUGCAGAGGAUUUGUGUGCUGAGCUGGACUGUCUGUGGAGAUGAAUCUGGGCUUAACAGACGUCGAAGAGGGGCUCUAGGUCCUGGAUGACUCCAUCUUGUUCUGCUGUUGCCCUUGCAAUGAGGCAUAUGUGUUUCACUUUUUCAGGCUGUUCUGUUGUUGCUGACCUUUUCUUUCACUUCUGGGUCACCAUUGGGCCCCAUGGCUGCUGGGUGGGAAGUUCAGCUUGAAGCAGGCUCUGGUCUGUUUCCUUGUUACGAAUGGGACGAGAUUUGCAGGGGAGAGGUAAUCCUUGAAAGUGAGAUGCACUCCGAUGCUGACGUGCAGGAACGGAGGGAGCAGGGAUCAGCCUGCAUCCUGAAGUGCUAUGGGUGCCAGGAGAUCCUGUUGUCCGAGGCCUUCCGUAACCGAGUCGGCUACAGGGCUCCAGUGGUCAGAUCUGGCAUUUCUUACCUGUGUCCAGUGACGUGACGUAUUGAUUUUCUAUGAAACCUGCUGGGUUAUGGCAUUUCUGGCUUUAUUGUAUGUGUGCCCCUCCUGCAGUUCCUCUGUUCAACUCCAGGCGAUGUGGGAUCCUAAUUUCUAUGUGAGGGCUUUCAAUUAACGGCUCUGAAACUCUGUCUCCCAAAGAUAGUGGCCCUCCAGCGAAGUGGGAGAUCUUAAAGGACCUUAAGAGCAGGUCCUGGGUUGGGGUGGGGAGAAGGGAGGGUGAAAAGAUUUCCCUCUCUGUAUUAGGGGGACCCAGCUGUCCCUCAAACCCUUGGCUGAAGACCUAAAAGACAUUUCAACAUCAAAAUGUUUGUUUUUGGCUUGGAAAUGAGGUGUGGGGGGGGUGUACCUCUGGGCUCAUGCUGUCAGCCUGUCCUUACUGAAGGUUGCUGACUGUCAGGCUGUCAACCACAGCUUGAAAGACAAAGUUUGAUGGGCAGUUGUUGAUGAAAAUGGACAACGUGUAACCUGUUCUCCAUUUAAAUCUGUUUGUGGACUUUAUUUUUAUUUCAAGGGUGUUAAAAUGAGGUUCUGAAUGCGUUGUGCUCCGGUCUUCCCCUUUACGUUUACACAGUUCAAGGAUGGUGACCUGAUUUUUUUUUUUUUAAUUUGGAUGCUAUAUCACUGGUCAUACACAGGAUAUUUAUUUUACAUGGAAAUGGAAGCUCUACUGCUAAUCAUCGUCUUUAUUUUAUACAUGCAUUUGCAGCAGGGGAUUUUUUGAUACGUAAUCAUUUAGAGAACAAUGAUGUAAAAAUGACUAUUUUUGGAUAAGAGGUUUUUCUGAUUCUUUUUUAUGUAUGGAGAGUUCAUAUUAAAUUUCAACGCCCUCAUA